GAGAGAGAACGGGAGAGUAGAAGGAUAGAGAAAAACCUCAAAUUGAACCCAGGCAAUGGAAAAUCUCUGUGGAAGCCAGUGGAGCGCGUAGCUGAUUGUGACAAGAAAUAUGACUCUCCUUCCCCUUUCUCACUGGUCUGAUUAAAGCUCUCACUUGGAGAUGACCCACACACACGGAGAACAGAGAGAAUAAAAGGUAGAGGGGAAAAGGGAGAGUCUUUGAAUUUAGAUGUGACGCUGAGAAGGUGGAGAUUGAUUUGCCUAUGCACUUAACGGAACACAAUGACAAGGUGACGCAAACGUACUCUCCUUGACCAUCAAAACAAUCUCUCCAACACUAAAACCCUUCCAUUCGGAAACCCUUAGGCUAUACUGCAGCCGAGUGGGACCGGUUUAACAUUUACAGUACAACAAAAAGACAGGAUGGUUUUGAAAUGUGUCCACAGGCAUCUCUUGCUCUACUUGCUUCCAUAUAUCUGAGUGACAUUUCAGUAAGGGUCCAUUCUGUAUAUCUGAUAUUUUACUGGCAGGGCAAAUCAAAGCCAUAAUCUACUUCCAUGUAAUACAAAAGCCAUUAUGCUAGUUAUAAUUUCAGCAAAGUGGCAUCAUGAUAAUUACCAUAACCGAUUGACAUAACCGUGGGCUCCUAAAUAUUCAUGCAUUCCACUCUGGAUCUUAAAGUUAUACAGCUGAGCUGAUGGUAAAAAGGAGGAGGUGGCAGAGGAGAGCUGAGCAGGGAGAACGAGCGAGGAAGAGAGGGGGAGCUGAGAGCACGUAACCUGCCUACAAAUGAACACCACUAUCAAAGUCUAGUGGCUCGGUGAGUUUAUUCAUGGCUCUCGUGUCCUCAAGGUUUGCUUUACAGCCGAUACUUCUUAUGUGGAUUUUUUUUUGGGGGGGGGGGUCGUGUAUUCCUGAUAAUGAUUCCGCGUCAAGCAGUAUUCCACUUCUGAGCGACUUCGACAGCUCAGAGCACGGCCAAUAAGCCCGCACAGCUCCUUCGUGACUCACUGGAUCUUCGGCUGCCAGACCCGAGGUGUCAAAUUCAAGACGGACAUACCGAGAGACGGAGAAUCGUGCAGCCGCGGUGACCGUGGAAUAAUUCAGCAAAAUGACAAGCUUAUUUGACCGACUCAGAAGAAAGAAAGGAGUCUUGACUGUUUAAAUGUGAACUUAAUUUGGACAAACUCGAAGAUCGACAGAGGGCAAUUACUUUUCCCUAUUUAACAGGGAGCCUAUUCAAAUAUUUUUGGACAUAGCACAAACAAAGCAAAUCGAUGUAAAUAAUCCGUUUGGACCUUCAUGUUCAUCCAGGGACCACUCCACUUCUACUAAUAGGCGAAGUGGAUCUCAAUCAAGCCAGGUGGAGCGGCAAAGCAAGAACGCAUGCUUUGGGCAUGGUGCCUACGCCCCAGGUGUGCGUAUCAACCCUGGUCACAGUGAGCACAAUGGCAGUGGUCGACCUCUACCUGCUGGAGCAGAGCAUGCUGGGAGCCCGGGGCAAGGCAGGGCCCGGCGUGUGGCCGUGCGCCGCCGUGCUGCUAGGUGACCUGGGCUUCCUGCUGGCUCUGAGGUUUGUGUCGGCGGGCGUGGUGUCGGAGGCGCUCUCCCCCCGCCGCGGCUUCGCCAACGCCCUCUGGUUCCUCUUCCUGUCCCUGCUCCAGCUCAAACUCUUCUUUGUCUGCCAGAACUACCGGACGGAACGUCGGCCACCCGACCCCCUGGCCAGGAAGACACUCACCCUGCUGCUGUCUAUCUGCCUUCCCUCCCUGUUCCUCAUCCUGACUGGGGCUGACAACAUGACGCCAAUGCGGAGGAAGCAGGAGGUGCGGGGGAGGCUGCUCUGGGUGGUGGUGGACCUGCUGGAUGUUCUGGACCUGCAGGCCGGGCUGUGGGAAGCCCACGCAGGGGCCACUGAUCUGAGGGUGCCCCUGUGGGCCGAAGGCCUGGUGUUCUUCUACUGCUACGCCUUGCUGCUGCUGCUGCCCUGCGUGGCCCUCACAGAGCUGGGAGCCGCCGCCAUGCCGGGACAGAGAGGGGCCCGUAAGGAGCCCCUGUACCCUUGGCUCAGCCUGGUCACCAUCAACGUGUUCACACUGGCCCUCAGGGGAACGGGCAUGCUAUGGUACAGGGACCCCCGGGUCUCGACAGUGUUCCUGGGGAAGAACCUGCUGGCCCUGGCUGUGAAGCUGAGCUCAGCCUGGGAGAGGCACAAGCAGGGUGGGGACAGAGGGACGGGGGCUGGGGACGGAGCAGAGGCAGGGGGGGAAUCCACCCUGGCAACGCAGAGCUCAGAGCAGACGGAGGACCAAGCCACAGGCAAAACCACCCCUGGGCCACCCUCCCGCUACCACACACCGUCCCACUCCCACAGCCACGGCUACUCCCUGUCCCAUGUCAGUCUGGAUCCCACAGAAACCUCCAUGGGCCCCUCCAUCUCCCAUGAACUCUAGAAACUGUCCAGAGAGAAAGACAGCACGGCAUCAGCCGUCAAGCUCAUCAGAGCUCCCAGGUCAGGGAAGCAUUUAGCACUGAAGAGAAGAUAGUUGGCCUCACAGAGACAGAAACUAAAAACCACAGGAAACCAACCCAGGCAAUCACAGCAGUAACUCAUCCAAUUAGCUAACUUUGGUUAAAGGGAUGAUUUUUCAAUCCCCUGGGUCCCGGUCACCUGUAGUAUUUGAGAGAGGGCUGGGGUGACAUGAGAAAUGUAAAGCGAAGAACUGCAUUGUUUUCCAAGGAGCUACAAUCAGUACUGGUUCCAGAGACAUCGGUGUCAUAUGGGACAUAAUCACGUGGUGUUUGUCAGUGUGUUUCCUGUGAAAGCUCUUCCACAGCUGUUGUCGGCGACACCUCCAGGACAGCUUACAAACUGAAAUAAAGUUUUUCAUUCUCCCAG